AUGUCAAAGAACGUUAUCAUAGACAAUGGUGCUUAUGAAAUAAAAUAUGGUGAAGCUUCAGAUGACAAGCCAAAGCAUAUUCCAAACUGUGUUGUCAGAACAAAUACUGGGCGUGUUUUACUUGGUGAGAAUUUGAGACCCGAAAAGAAAGUCAUAACUGAUUAUUCGGGAAUUCAUUAUCGACGUCCUAUUGAGCACAGUCAGCUUACACAGUGGUCUUUAGAAAAGCAAAUAUGGGAUAAUACAUUCAUGGAAAGUCAUUUCACAGAUAAUUGGCUCGAGGAUUCCAAUCUUAUAUUUUGUGAGUCGCCUUUUACAAUCAGUAAGUUUCAGAAUAUGUCCGAUGAAAUCUUGUUUGAAGAAUACGGAAUUGCCAAUCUCUACCGAUGCUCCUCUGGGUUCUUGACACCAUGGCUGAAUAAUAAUGAACAGAAGAAUGAGAAAAGCCAAAGAAAUUACAAUGAUUUUCAGUUUGUCAUAGACUCUGGAUUCGACUCGACCUGGGUUAUACCAAUGAUAUACGGCUUACCAUACUGGAAAGCAGUGAGAAAGAUGCCUGUUGCAGGAAAGUUUCUUAACGGAUAUAUGCGAGAAAUGAUUUCUUUUAGGCAUUAUAACGUUACCGAUGAGAUGGUGGUGGUAAAUAAUAUCAAAGAAAAGGCAUGCUACGUCAGUCCUAAUUAUGAAAACUCACUUGGCAAAGUGGAAAAGUCAAGAAAUGGGGCGCUGGAUAACAAGAAAAUGGGGGAGAUAUCCAUAAAUUAUGUUCUGCCUGAUUUCAAAACAUCCACCGUUGGAUAUACAUUAACGAAUAGUGAGCUUGCUACCCUUGAAAGAAAAGAAGAAAUUCAAUCUUUGAAACUUUAUGAUGAGCGGUUUGCAAUUCCAGAGCUUCUUUUUCAUCCAGAGCUUAGUGGGGCAUAUAAAGCAGGCUUAAUUACCACAAUUAAGGACUCAUUAAACCAUGUUCCAGAGCUUCUGAGACCAUUAAUGGUAGCUAAUAUGAUUUUGGUUGGUGGGACGUCCAACUUACCUGGUUAUGAAGACAGGUUGGUGAGUGAUUUAAAACAAGAGGUUCCAAUUGAUAAUAAAAUCAUUGUUCGUGACCUCAGUAAUUUCACUAAAGACCAUUCCGAAAUUGGCUGGUUUUCAGGUCGGCAGUUUUUCAAGAGCGGUGCUUUCAGUAAGGUUUGUGUCUCUAAGCAUGAUUAUCAGGAGCUUGGCGUUGAAUACACACAGGAGAAAUUUGGAUAUAAAUUAUAG